AUGGUCAUAUCUCCGCCUACGCGACGAACAAGUUUUAUUUUACAUGCUCUCACAUUUCCAACGAAUUUCUCAGAUUCAGAAGAAACGAUUGCUUUAUUUCUAAUUAGUCUCGGUACGGUAUUGUCACUUUGGAUGUUGAUAUGUUGUAUUUGGUUGAUACGUUGUCGUGGCUAUCGUCAUCAAAAUGACACAUCUCAAUUGUUUUCUUAUCGAUCUUAUCCCCAAGUUGAUCAGAACUGCUUAUCAAAAAGAACUAAUCCAACUUCGACCGAUAAUAUUUGUUUUCAUGUCAAUCCACUCGAAAGUAAUCACAUCUCAUCAUUAAGAACAACAAGACUCAAUCGAUAG